CUGCCCGCCGCUCUGCCCCCCGCCGUGUGCCCGCUCUGCCCUCGCUCUCUCCCCCGGCCGCAGCGCGACUCUGCCCCCGCCGCUCCCGCUCCAUCCCCGGGGCGCGGAGGAGGAGGGCGUCACCGCGGCGCCGCUGUCAGAGCCGUAAACAGACCUCGGAACCGACCCGGAUCCAGCUCUCACACGGACUCUUUGUUUCCAGAAAAGGGGAGAAUCGGACUCGGAUCCAGAUGUAGACUCCAACUCCGCGUGACUUCAUCUCAAGACCUGGACCUUAAAAUCCUCUCUGGGCCAGACACAAUUCCUCGCUGAACUUUUUCUCGGAUAUUUCUCACCGUUUUCCGACUUUCCCCCCAAAAUGGAGACCCUCUCGCAGGACUCGUCGUUGGAAUGCCAGAUCUGCUUCAACUACUACAGCCCGAGGAGACGCCCCAAACUCCUGGACUGCCGCCACACGCUCUGCUCCGUGUGCCUCACCCAGAUGCGCAGCACCCACAAGGAGAUCCGCUGCCCCUGGUGUCGCGGCGUCACCAAACUCCCGCCCAACCUCUCCGUCUCCCACUUGCCGGACGACCCCGACAUCGUCACGGUCAUCGCCAUCCCGCACGCUUCCGAGCGCACUCCCGUUUUCAUCCGCCUCCCCAGCAACGGAUGCUACAUGCUGCCGCUCCCAAUGAAGGCCCGGAAUUUGGCGCUGCCGGGCGAGGUCGGGUGCCGGUUCGCGCCGCAGCAGAAAGGCGUGGCCGUGGUGGCGAUCCCGGAGCAGGAGAGGCUGGCGAUGGGGCUGGAUGAUUUGAGUUUGGGCGAAUCGGAGCAUCGCGGAGCCCUGGCGGUCGAGCGGAAAGGGUCGGCGUGGUCCGGGAUCUGUACGGUUAUUUUGGUCGCCUGCGUUUUGCUGUUUCUGCUCGGGAUCGUCCUCCACAACAUGUCGUGCAUCUCCAAACGCUUCACGGUCAUUUCGUGCGGGUGAAAUUUCGUGUGAGAGGACUACAAACGCCAGUGGAACUACAAAAAUGGACGCCCGGUUUAAACCAAGAGGUAAAGCAGUAGGUUCAUGUGGGUGAAAUCUGUGGAACUACAAAAAUGGACGCCUAGUUUAAUUAAAGCGGAACAGCAAUUGAAAAAUUCGGAAUGAGACGUAAAACUGAUGGAACUACAAAACUACAAAAAUGGACGCCUAGUUUAAACCAAGAGGAAAAGCAAUUAGUUCAUGUGGUUGACAUUUGGAAAAAGGAGAUCUCAAGUUUGGUGGAACUACAAAACUACAAGAAUGGACGCCUAGUUUAAACCAAAAAGGUAAAGCAAUAGGUUCAUGUGGGUGAAAACUGUGGAACUACAAAAAUGGACGCCUAGUUUAAUCCUAGUGGUAAAGCAAUCGGUUCAUGAGUUUGCAAUUUGGAAAAAGAUGAAAAAUGGACGGAAAAAUGGACACUUAGUUUAAUCUAAGAUGAAAAGCAAUUAGUUCAUGUGGUUGACAUUUGGAAAAAGAUGGUGGAACUACAAAACUACAAAAAUGGACGCCUAGUUUAAUCCAAGAAGAAAAGCAGUUGGUUCAUGUGUUUGAAAUUUGGAAAAAAAGAGACGUCAGAUUGGUGGAACUACAAAACUACAAAAAUGGAUGCCUAAUUAAAAUUUACAAAAAACUCUUAUCGGUUCAGGCUGUAGAAAUUGGAAAUGAAAUGUAAAAUUGAUGUAACAACAAAACUACAAAAGGAAAAGCGAUCGUUUAUGCGGUUGAAAAGUGGGGAUGUUAAAUUGGUGGAACUACAAAACUACAAAAAUGGACACCUAGUUUAAUCCUACACAAAGAAGCAAUUGGAUCAUACGACUGAAAUGCGGAAAAACGAGCUGCCAUGUCGGUGGAACUACAAAAAUGGAUGCCUAGUUUAAUUGUAGUUGAAAAAGCUAAAAUGGAAAAGGAGAUGUUAAAUUGUUGGAACUAAAUUAAAUUGUUGAAAACUACAAAAAUGGACCUGUAGCUUAAUCCUCGAAGAAAAAGCUAAAAAGGAAAAGAUGUUAAAUUGGUGGAGUUAAAAAACUACAAAAACAAAAUGUAUAAUUCACGGAACUACAAAACUACAAAAAUGGAUACUUAGUUUAAUUCUAGAAGUAACAGAUGAAAAGGAAAAGAUGUUAAAUUGGUGGGACUACAAAACUACAAAAAUGGAUGCCUAGUUUAAUCCUACAUGAAGAAGCAAUCGGACCAUAUGGCUGAAAUGUGGAAAAACGAGCUGCCAUGACAGUGGAACUACAAAAAUGGACGCCUAGUUUAAUCCUAGUUGAAAAGGCUAAAAAGGAAAAUAUGUUAAAUUGAUGGAACUACAAAACUACAAAAAUGGACGUCUAGUUUAGUCCUCGAAGAAAAAGCUAAAAAGGAAAAAAGAGACAUUAAAUUGAUGGAACUACAAAACUACAAAAAUGGACGCCUACUUUAAUCCUAGAAGAAAAGGCUGAAAAGAAAAAGAUGUUUAAUUGGUGAAACUACAAAAACUACAAAAAUGGACGCCUACUUUAAUCCUAGAAGAAAAGGCUGAAAAGAAAAAGAUGUUUAAUUGGUAAAACUACAAAAACUACAAAAAUGGAUGCCUUGUUUAAUCCUAGUUGAAGAAGCUAAAAAGGAAAAUAUGUUAAAUUGGUGGAACUUCAAAACUACAAAAAUGGACGUCUACUUUAAUCCUAGAAGUAAAAUCUAAAAACGAAAAGGAGAUGUUAAAUUCACAGAACUACAAAACUACAAAAAUGGACGCCUAGUUUAAUCCUAGUGAAAGAAGCAUUUGUUUCAUGUGGUUGAAAUUUGGAGACAUCAAACUGGUGGAACUACAAAACUACAAAAAUGGAGGACUAGCUUAAACCAAGAGGAAGAAGAAAGUCGGUUUAUAGCAAAGACUCUGCGACGGAACAUUUAAUUUAAACGGCGGCACAAAAACGUAUUUUACAAAGUGAAAUAUGAGGAUGAAGCCAUUUGGUGUUUACACGAGGAGCACACGACAUGGAAGCCAUCGACACACAAGAACAUUUAAACGGUUUUACAAAAAAAACGUGUAUUUGUGUGGCUCCAAAAUGAACUGUUUUCAUUUUUUACGGUCGAAGUUGAAGUUCGAGACUCACGCAGCGGCUCAGAAAGUUGUUGAUAUUGUAUUUUUUAACCAGUUUUAGGGACAAAAUCUCUCCCAAAGUUGUUAAAUGUUGUUUUCCUGUUUCAGAUUUGUUUCAUUCGAACAGUUUAGCGCCAAUUUUCAUGUUUUUCUGAAAACUUACACCAGCUUUUAUUGUUUUAACAGCAUUUACAUUUCCCAUUGUUGCCAACAGGGGGCGAGAGAGGACAUACUUGUUUUUCUAUGCACAUAAAAUAAAGGAGUUUUUUCAUUUAGAUUCAUGAUUUUAAGUGAUAAACUGUGUUAAAAGUUAAAGUGUUAUGGGCAUCAUAGGACCUUUGGGGGAAAUGUUAUAUAAGUGUAUUUCUGUUAUGUAACCUCAGUAAUUUUCCCCGGUUUACAUGAACAUUAUUCUUAUUUUUUGGAAUUUAAGAAUAAAGGGAGGAAUGUAUUUAGUUACAAAAUACCUGAAUUUAAAUGUUUUUCAUUACAUGUGUGAUUUGCCACGUUUACAUGAGAGCUUUAAUUCUGAAUAAAAAUUAUUUAAUUCUGAAUAAAAAUCCACUUUAAACAGACCAUGAAAAUGAUUAUUCGGAAUUAAACUUAAUUCCAAAUUGAGUGGGUGGUUUAUUUUGAUGUUAAAGCCGAAUAAAUUUAUUCCUGCAUCAUGUUUCACGUUUAUUCUUCUUAAAAAUAAUUCCGGUGGUCAUCACAUGCUCGUUGGGUUGCCCUUCUCAGUGUUCUGACUCUUUUACACUGACAAAAUUUCAUACAUUUUUGACUGACUUUUUCAUGAGGUAAAGUGAAUGUUCCAUGACUCCACUGUUCAGACUUUUAGGACUAAAUCUGAAAUGUUCACUCUUUCCACUCACCUUAUGGUUUGGGAUUAUAGUUUUUUAACAUUUAAAUCCUGUCAGUGCAUUUAUUGUCGUCUCUUUUAUACAAAAGGCACAAACGUUCACAAAUAAUCAGAACAGACUCAUGAGAACUUAACAGAACACUGGAGUUGUGUGAAAGAGAUACUAAAAUUCCAUAACUUUUCUAGGCCUGGAAGAUGACAUUUUCAAUUUCCACGACUUUUCCGGGAUUUCCUUGACUGUGGGAACCCUGGCUUCUGACUUUCAUCCACGUCUCUUUGGAUUUGUGAGCGGGAUGUGGGAGUGGGCCGGGGUAGAGCAGAGUUUGUCUUCUUCCUCCCUUCUCCGACGCUCUUCCUUUCUCAUUAUCUCCAGAACCACUGCGGGAAAAGUUUAGAUCACGUUCGUGUCCGUGGAGUAACGACAAACUGAGACGACAGAAAAGCCGGGAGCAGCUGAAGUGUGUGUUUUCUUCCCAAAGACGUAAAAAUGUUCAAGAACCUUCCCCACCCCCGGACGCUCACACACAUUAAAUAAAGAGGAUUUAACGAGUUUAACAUCUAAACCUCAAUUCAGAAUUAUUAUUUUAAUUCAGAACUAUUACUAAAAACUUCAUGUAAACGUGACCAGAGUCCAGUUUGAGUCAGAGCAGAAUUUGCGUCUGAAUUGUCUCUGCACACGCUCAGACGCUUCUGAAAAACGCCGGUCACUACGGCAACACACAAACACAAAAAAAACUACACGAAAUAUUUGUAUUAUUCUUAAAAUUUGUUAGAGUUAGAGCGCAGAGAAACACGGAGGACAAAUGAUCCGAGUGUUUUCUGAGUGAUUUGACGUGUUUGUGUUUACAGCAAUACAGGAUUUUACAGAAGUGUUUCGAAACAUUAUGAAACUUCCUUUGUGAACUCCUUUUAACUGAAAUUAAGACAUUUUUAAAUGAUUAUAAAAUGUAAAAUCAUGAAAAUAAAGUCAAGAUAACUGCAAAAUUCGGGAAAUGACUCAGACUGGGGAACAACAGUGUUUAUUUUCUUGAAUGUUCAGAUGAAACGACUGGAGGGAUUUCCUUGUGAUGUUAGUUUCUGUUUUUAUUUUUUCCAUGUGCUGUUGAUAUUUGAAACAGUUUUGUAUUUUGAUUGUACAGACUUUUUUUUAGACCAUGUUCUGUUUAAAUGUGUCAGAGGAAAAGAGGAAAAGGACGGGGGUUUUCUGUGUCUCAGUGUUGUAGUUUUCUGUUUGUCAGAGACUCAAACCGCAGAUGUUUUUGUGAAAAAUAAAAAUAUUUGAUACAAA